AAAUUCUUCACCUCCCUCCCUCCCUCAACAAAAUCCUCCCUCAGAUAGCAUCUUAUUUUCUCUGCAACACACACGAAUCACCACUGUUCGACCUGUCUCCGUCUUGUCCAGAAUUAGUGCUCCUUUCCGUCAUAUUGCUAAUUGAUCUCCUCUCCCGGAAAGGUUUGUUGGAGUGCUAGAUUUGAAGCGAGGGACGUCCCAACUUCUGCCGCAUCUGCUGCUCGAUUUCUCCCGAUUUUCUCGCCGGAAAUGCGAUUUUCCAGAUGAUAUUCAGGCGACCGGUGAUGGACAUCGAAGGCUGGGGCCGUCGGAACAGUAAUCCCGUCGAGAGAAAGUCAUGGAGAACGGUGUUGGCCCUGGCGUACCAGAGCCUGGGCGUGGUUUACGGAGAUCUGAGCACUUCUCCGUUGUACGUCUACAAGAGCACCUUCGCGGAGGACAUUCACCACUCGGAGACGAACGAAGAGAUAUUUGGCGUCCUGUCGUUCGUCUUCUGGACUCUGACUCUGAUUCCGCUUCUGAAAUAUGUGUUCAUCGUGCUCAGAGCGGACGACAACGGGGAAGGCGGGACUUUCGCUCUGUACUCUCUGUUGUGCCGCCACGCCCGGGUCAGUACCCUGCCCAACGGUCAGGUCGCCGACGAGGAGCUGUUCGAGUACCAGAGCGAUGCGAUAGGCGGCGGUCAGCCUGGAGGUGGUGGUGAUAAGGGCGGCGUUGGGCUGAGCUUGAGGUCCACGCUGGAGAAGCACCAUUGGUUGAGGCGGGUAUUGCUCGCCUUGGCUCUCAUCGGUGCUUGUAUGGUCAUUGGUGAUGGCGUCCUAACCCCUGCUAUUUCAGUGUUCUCUGCGGUGUCUGGAUUAGAGCUGUCCAUGUCAAAGCAUCAUCAUGAAUACGUAGAGGUUCCAGUGGCAUGCGCGAUACUGGUGCUGAUAUUUUCAAUACAGCAUUAUGGGACCCACCGAAUAGGAUUCCUGUUUGCGCCGAUAGUGGUGACGUGGCUGGUGUGCAUCAGCAUGAUCGGAAUGUACAACAUCUUCAAGUGGAACCCACACGUGUACCAAGCACUCUCCCCAUACUACAUGUACAAGUUCUUGAGGAAGACCCAACGCCGUGGUUGGAUGUCUCUCGGCGGCAUCUUGUUGUGCAUCACAGGUUCGGAAGCCAUGUUUGCUGAUCUUGGGCACUUUUCACAGUUAUCUAUUAAGAUAGCCUUCACUUUUGCAGUUUACCCAUCACUGAUUCUUGCUUACAUGGGACAAGCGGCUUACCUUUCAAAACAUCACACCCUUGAAACAGGCUACCGGAUUGGAUUCUAUGUUUCUGUACCUGAAAAGCUAAGGUGGCCCGUUCUUGGCAUUGCAAUACUAGCAGCCGUGGUGGGAAGCCAAGCUAUCAUAACAGGAACAUUUUCUAUAAUCAAGCAAUGCUCUGCUUUAGGUUGUUUCCCAAGGGUCAAAAUUACACACACGUCUUCGAAAUUCCAUGGCCAGAUUUAUAUCCCAGAAAUCAACUGGACAUUGAUGUUCCUAUGUUUGGCAGUCACUAUUGGGUUUCAAGACACAAAACACAUAAGCAAUGCAUCAGGUCUGGCAGUUAUAACUGUCAUGCUGGUCACCACAUGCCUAAUGUCACUCGUCAUUGUUCUGGUCUGGCACAAGCGUGUCUUCCUAGCCAUCUUCUUCAUCCUCUUCUUCGGCUCCAUUGAAGCGCUCUACUUCUCGGCUUCCCUCAUCAAGUUCUUGGAAGGCGCGUGGGUCCCGGUUGCCCUCUCGUUCAUUUUUCUACUCAUCAUGUACAUCUGGAACUACGGGACGACGAAGAAAUACGAGUUCGACGUUCAGAACAGCGUCCCCAUCAACUGGCUCCUCCAGCUAGGCCCGAACCUCGGCAUCGCGAGGGUUCGUGGCAUAGGCCUCAUACACACUGAGCUCGUCUCGGGGAUUCCUGCCAUUUUCUCCCAUUUUGUCACCAACCUCCCCGCCUUCCACCAGGUCCUCGUCUUCCUCUGCGUCAAAUCGGUCCCGGUCCCACACGUGCGGCCCGAGGAAAGGUACCUGGUGGGCCGGAUCGGCCCACCAGAGCACCGAGUCUACAGGUGCAUAGCAAGGUACGGCUACCGGGACGUUCACUUGGAUGACAUCGCAUUCGAAAAGGAUCUCCUUUUCAGUAUCGAGCAAUUCAUCCGUUCGGAGGGGGCCCCACGGCCAUCAGGCAGAGAAGAAGUCAUCAAGGAACUUAGACAGUCGACAAAUUUCGAGGACGACGAGAAGAUGAUCGUCAUCGGGACCACUUCCACAUACAUGGAAGGGAAGAGACCGUGGGACGAUAGCGAAAGCACGUCGGAAGGAGAGUUUGGAGAGAUUUGCUCGCCGAAGAUCCCACCGAAAAGAAGAGUGAGGUUUUUGUUGCCGGAGAGCGGCGGCCCUGGUGGAGGAGAUGUGGUGGCCGUUGAUCCGCCGGGGGUACGAGAGGAACUUAGGGAUUUGAUGGAAGCCAGAGAGUCAGGGAUGGCAUUCAUAUUGGGGAACUGCUACGUGAAAGCAAAGAGCGGUUCAAGCCUGUUCAAGAGAUUAGUGAUCAACAUAGGUUAUGAUUUCUUGAGGAGGAACUCUCGUGGACCCACCUAUGCCCUGAGCUUUCCCCGAGCUUCCACUUUAGAGGUCGGCAUGAUCUACCUGGUGUGAUAUGAUAACCACAAGGAAGCAAGCAGCAUUUCCAGGUCGGGCAAUGCUCGGAAAAUGUCACUUGUGACACCACUCUUGACACCAAAGAACAAGCACGGACAUUGACGGGUACCCCCACACAAACACCGAUUGUCUGCGCUUGCCUUUCAUAUCGGAAAUGGUGUCACAAGUAGGGUUCCCGCCCAAGCUUUUUUUUCUUGCAGGUUUCUAGCUGUUAAAAUGACUGUAAAUUGUAGAUUUUGCGCCUGUGAAAAAUUGAACUAGCUAUAGCUAGGUAGCUCUGCCUAGUAGUUACUAGUUGGUAUUGUAAAAUCAGUCUGCAGGUAAAUUAUGAUCAAAUGAGCAGUAAAAUUUUUGUAGCAUC